UGGACGUGCUGUGCUCCUUCCACACCAAGUUCCAACUUUAUCUCCUGGACGUCAACUCACUUGGCCGCUUCCGGACAAUACAGAUCCUGGGAACCCAUCCACCGCAAGACUCACGACACCGCUGGCAGUUCUGCGCGCUAGCAACGCGUGACACCAGUCCGCAACGCGAACAUGAUAUAGGCUGAAGAAACGCCACCUGCCGCCUGUGCAGAACCUCAAUUGCAGUCUUUCCAUCACCUAGCUGGGUCAACAUGGCUGACUCGGACCACGAGUACGAUGAGGACGAUGAGAUCCAUACAAAUGGCAGGUCCAUGGCAUCACGUCCCAAGCCCCGAGCGCUGGCAAGAUGGGAAGAAGGCGCCACUGGAACAGGUGACAUCCGCCAAGGCGCAGAUGGAAACCUCCUGGAAAUGCUGGGUGGUGCAGAGGAGGCUGCAAAGCGGAAGAGGCUCGUCAAAGACACCACUCCCUUGCAGCGAGGCAUCAUCCGACACACGAUCCUUAUCAUUGACCUGUCGUUAGCCAUGGCUGAGAAGGAUCUGCGCCCUACACGAUUGCUUCUGACCUUGACCUAUGUCAUAGCGUUCAUUCGUGAGUACUUCGAACAGAACCCCAUCUCACAGCUUGGAAUACUAGGAAUGCGUGAUGGGCUGGCAAUACGAGUCAGCGACAUGUCCGGCAACCCGAAUGACCACAUUACUGCGGUCAAAGGCCUACGAAGCACAGAUCCAAAAGGCAAUCCAUCGCUACAAAAUGCGCUAGAGAUGGCACGAGCAGCACUGUAUCACACGCCGUCCCACGGCACACGCGAAGUUGCCAUCAUCCUUGGAGCAUUGCACAGCUCGGACCCUGGAGACAUUCACGACACGAUCAAGGCCUGUAUCAAGGACAAGAUCAGAGUCAAUAUCAUUGGCUUGGCGGCACAGAUGUUCAUAUGCGCCGAGAUCUGUCGAAAGACAAAUCAAGGCGAUACGAACUGCUACAAUGUCGCAGUGGACGAGGUUCACUAUCGAGAGCUUCUAAUGGGAAUCACAACGCCCCCGGUUGUGCGGGCCACCGAUGUCGAGGCACAGAAGCGGAACCAAGCGGCCUUGCUCAUGAUGGGCUUCCCCUCGCGGAUGGUGGAGGAAAGAGCCACUCUCUGUGCGUGCCACGGAAAUCUCACCAGAGGAGGCUACCUCUGCAGUAGAUGCAAGGCGAAGGUCUGCAGUUUGCCUGCCACGUGCCCGACGUGUGAGCUCACUCUCAUUCUCUCGACUCACUUGGCCAGAUCCUACCAUCACUUAUUCCCCCUGCAGAACUGGGAUGAGGUCUCAUGGACGCGCGCACAAUCGAAAGGCAGUACCCAGUGUUUUGGUUGCCAGGCGCCAUUUCCGCCCGCUGCUGGCAAAGUCGAUGCGGUCAACGGCUCCGGCGAAGAAGGUACGAGACAGAAACGCGCAGAAGGUGCGUCCGAGUCGUCCAGGUAUGAGUGCUCGACUUGUCAGCAGCACUUCUGUAUCGACUGCGAUGUCUUCUGCCACGAAGUAGUCCACAAUUGUCCUGGCUGUCAGAGUAGUACCCAUCUACCCGGUGCACAAAACGGCGAUAUGGACGUAGAACCCAGUUGAACAAGGCGCAGGACACCGUAUCGAAAAGACUGGCCUGAUCCGAUCGUACAUGGUCCCCAAGUAGCAGAAGAGGUCUCAAGCCUGUUACCUCAAAUAACUCCACAUCCUGACCAAGACCGCAGAAAAAGCUACGACGUCACGUCUUGGCACGAGGCAUUGAUUGCCAUUGGAGAAUGGCUGAUAUGCAAUGUGCACCGUCGGCACAGCGCGGACAGUGAGCUGUCCAGAAUUAGCACAUGGAUAAUCUUCAAGGCAUGUUGUGGCCAAAGCGAUCCUCAGAAAACAUACCUGCUUCUGGGAAAAUGGUCGCUUCCAGGCCUACCAGGUUGAGUACGCGCUAGAAAUUUCGAAGCACGAUCGUGGAGAGGCGCCUGUUUCGCAGAAGAAGCGGGCAGACUUCCCGCUGCUUUCAUAUGCGUGGCUUGCGGCGAGUCUGACGGAUGGGUGAACAGAACCAGUGGGGCGCUACUAGAGUCACAAGUAAUGAACACGCCAUCAGGCGACUGUAGCCCCAGCAUACAUGUGUUUGCUCA